CCUCGACAAAUUGCAUUCCUCUAUACGGGACGACCACCCCCCGACAAACGCCCGCACUGCGCAAGUUUACCGUACCUUGGUAGAUAAUGGCCGUCUCCAUGCUUCACGCUCCCUCCAGAGCUUCGACUUCGUCCUCGUCGUCCUUCAUACCCGUCUCGCGCCAGAACACAAUGUCUUCGCACGAUGGCUCGCGCUCGGUGCGACAGUCAAAGCGCUACUCCGUCACUGCCCUGUACCUGUCUAUUUCCGCGAAGGAGAAGGAAUUGGAGAUCGAGGACGACCUCGCAAAGGCGCAAAAAAUCCUACGGGAACUAAAAUCGAAGAUAUCCUCGCAAUCGAAGAAGAAUUUCGUGUUGGAGAAGGACGUCAGAUAUCUCGAUUCGCGGAUAGCGUUGCUUAUCCAAAACCGUAUGGCGUUGGAAGAGCAAAACGAGGUAGCUAACCAUCUCGAUGAAGCUGCUGACCUGCAAGAAGGUUUCUUCCCGAACGACGAGAAGACGCAAAAAUACGGAAAUCUACUCUUCCUCCUACAGUCCGAGCCUAGACAUAUCGCCCAUCUCUGCCGCCUGGUCACCAUGGCUGAGAUUGACUCGCUCCUACAAACUGUCAUGUUCACAAUUUAUGGAAAUCAGUAUGAGAGCCGCGAGGAGCACUUAUUAUUGACCAUGUUUCAGUCCGUUCUCACCUAUCAAUUCGAUAACACCCCUGACUACUCUUCCCUACUACGCGCAAAUACCCCCGUUUCACGAAUGAUGACCACAUACACGCGCCGAGGACCCGGACAGAGCUACCUCAAGGUUGUACUGGCUGAGAGGAUCAAUUCCCUCAUCGAAAUGAAGGACAUGGACCUCGAAAUCAAUCCUCUAAAGGUCUACGAGAAGAUGUUAAUGGACCAUGAGGACCAACACGGCAAACCCCCUGCCGACAUGCCAAAGGGCGUGACCGCUGAACAGGCAGCCGAACAUCCACGGGUGCAGCAGGCUAUCGAACCACGUGUUGCCUCGCUGAUGGAGAUUGCCAACGCAUUCUUGGACACCAUCAUAAGAGGCUUAGAAGAGACCCCGUACGGCAUCCGAUGGAUCUGCAAGCAGAUCCGAAGCUUGUCGAAACGAAAAUACCCGGAUGCACAGGACCAGACAAUCUGCACCCUUAUCGGAGGAUUCUUCUUUCUCCGAUUCAUCAAUCCGGCAAUCGUGACACCGAGGUCAUACAUGCUGAUCGACGCCACCCCGGCAGAGAACCCUAAGCGUACCCUAACCUAUGUUGCCAAGAUGCUCCAAAACCUGGCCAAUAAGCCGUCAUACGCCAAGGAGCCGUACAUGGUCAAACUGCAGCCUUUCAUCCAGCAUAACAAAGAGCGGAUCAACAAGUUCAUGCUGGAUUUGUGCGAAGUCCAAGAUUUCUACGAAACUCUAGAAAUGGACAACUAUGUGGCACUUUCUAAGAGAGAUCUGGAACUAUCCAUCACUCUCAAUGAAGUCUAUGCCACGCAUGCGCUCUUGGACAGGCAUGCCGCUGAGCUGGCAAAAGAUGAAAGCUCUCAUUUGGGCGUCAUAUUGCAAGAACUCGGUCCAGCUCCUCCACAGCUGCCACGAAAAGAGAACAGGGCCAUCAAUCUGCCACUUUUCAGCAAGUGGGAGACACCGCUGGAUGAUCUUACCGCGGCUCUGGACAUUACGCAAGAGGAGAUUUUCUUCAUGGAGGCCAAGUCCACAUUCGUCAUGAUUUUGCGAACUCUACCGGCCAACACAUCCGUGACUCGGAGGCCUCUCCGACUUGACCGAGUUGCUGACGCUGCCGCGACUACGAAGAACGAUUCGGUCAUGGUGAAGAAGGGCAUCAGGAGCAUGGAGCUGCUGAGCCAGCUACAAGAACUUGGCGUAAUUGACAAGGAUGACGGCUUCGCGUUACUCCGGGACGAGGUCGAGCAAGAACUCGUACAUUUAGGAUCCAUGAAGGACAAGGUCGUAGAAGAGACCAAGAAGCUUGAGGAGGUUUUCCGCACCAUCCGCGACCACAAUGCGUACCUCGUCGGCCAACUCGAAACCUACAAGUCUUACCUCCACAACGUGCGAAGUCAGUCCGAGGGCAAGACCAGGAAACAGCAGAAGCACCAAGUACUCGGACCUUACAAGUUCACGCACCAACAGCUAGAGAAGGAAGGCGUUAUCCAGAAAAGCAACGUGCCCGAAAACCGAAGAGCCAACAUCUACUUCAAUUUCACCAGUCCCCUACCUGGUACAUUUGUCAUCUCGCUGCAUUACAAGGGACGAAACCGCGGCCUGCUCGAACUCGACCUCAAACUUGACGAUCUCCUCGAAAUGCAGAAGGACAACCAGGAAGACCUGGACCUCGAGUACGUGCAGUUCAACGUGACGAAAGUGCUUGUCCUCCUCAACAAGCGGUUUGCGCGGAAGAAGGGGUGGUGAUUUCGAUUUCGGUGACGGGCCCUUCGACGACACCGAGAGAGAGAAAGGUCGGAACUGUCAGGAAGAUGUUUGAUGUCAUUUACGCC